AUGCCGGAGACGCACACCAAGGACUUUAACCCACCAUGGCGCACAAGCCACCAUCCCACCCAACCCAUGCCACCUCUCAAGCCCGCGCCGCCGCUUCAGUAUGAGAAAAGCACGCUCCGAGACGGCAAGACCCUCCUCGAGAAGGACCUCACGAUCCCCAUGCGCGAUGGCGUCAAGAUCUACGCCGACGUGUUUCGACCGGCCGACGAGUCUAUCCGGUCUCCGUCCAUCGUCCUCUUUGCGCCCUUUGGAAAGCACGGGGCGACGCCAGUCGACCUCAUGUCCAACAUGGGCGUGGACUUUAGUACGAUGAGCGAGCAUACCCAUUGGGAACUGCCCGAUCCCCUGAGGUGGUGCGGUGAGUGGGGGUACGCCCUGGUGAUAGUCGAUCCCCGUGGGACGUGGUGGAGCGAGGGCGACGGUGCGUGCUUCCUGUCCCCUGAGGAAGGACGAGAUGGCUACGACGUUGUCGAAUGGACUGCGCAGCAGAGCUGGUCCAACGGCAGCGUCGGCUGGGGCGCCGUGUCGUACUACGCCAUGUCGGCGUACCAGACAGCUGUCUUGAGACCGCCGCAUCUGAAAGCCCUCCUCAUCUGGGAGGGGAUAUCGGACGUGUACCGUGAGGUGAACGGCCAGGGCGGCAUCCCCUGUGUUCCACUCCAGCAAUUCUGGAUGAUCUUGACCGGCAACGGGCUCGGCAAGAGCGAGGACCAUGGCGCGCUCAUGCUGGAGCAUCCACUCUUCGACGAGCUGUGGCAGUCCAAGGUGGCCGACUGGACGCGAAUCGACAUUCCCACGUGGUCCAUCAAGGCUCCUAUCACCGGCCACGCUUCUCUCAAGGUAUGGAUCCAGGCCAUGGAUUUCCCCGACACGGAUCUGUUUGUGGCCGUGGAGAAGAUCGACGCGGCCGGCGCCGUCGUCGACUUCUGGAGCAGCACCCAGGACGCCGAUGCGCCCGCGGCCCUGGGCUGGCUGCGGAUCUCGCACAGGGCCCUGGACGAGGACAAGAGCCGGCCAGAGCUGCCCGUCCACACCCACUCUGCGCGUCAAUGGCUCCGGCAGAGCGACAUUGUGGAGGCAAACGUGGAGCUGUGGCCGUCGGCGACGAUCUGGGACAAGGGCGAGACUCUCCGGCUUGUCUUGCAAGGGCGGCCCUAUGGAGGGAAUGCGGCGGCGGCCAGGAGGAGGGCCCCCUCGCAUAGCGUGGGAAAGGUCAACGUCUGGUUUGGGGGCCGGUUCGACAGCCACCUGCUUCUACCUGUCAUGCGCGACGUUGCUCAGAAGUAG